GCCAUAGAAAAACGCUUCUCACAGUUUUCUGGGAUCCCCCUUCUGCUUCGAGAAACUUUUCGGUUCUUGCGUGUAUCGUUAUUCUGUAGUUUACCUUCUCCCCAAGUUUGUUAGCUAGUGAUUAAGUGUUUAAAUCCUCGUUUCGAUUCCCGACGGAAGUAUCCUACGAUAUCCGAAUCGUUUUAUGUGUCUAAAAACGUCCUUAUCCGCUACACUCUUUGUUUGAUUCCUCAAAACAAACCAUCCCGAAAAGGCGAUAACGCGGACAACACAAUGCUGCGUAUCUUUCGUAAUCCCAUACUCGGUGAGCGCAUCAUACGCAAGACCUUCUCCUUCUCGGCUGUCGCAGCAAAGCGUUUCGUCAUCAAAGAUCACUACGAGUUUGAUCAAAAGGUGAUCAACAGUGACAAUCCCGUGAUCGUCAACUUCCACGCGGAAUGGUGCGAUCCAUGCAAAAUACUGACCCCGAAAAUGACGGAACUACUGGAACCGUCGGAGGAGAUCGAUCUAGCCAUCGUCGAUGUGGACGACAACGCGGAGUUGGUGCAAACGUUCGAGGUGAAGGCAGUCCCGGCGAUUCUGGCGUUUCGCAACGGGGUGGUAGUAGACAAAUUCAUCGGCCUGGUCGAUGCGAAUAUGAUCGAGAACUUAAUCGGUAAACUGACGAAAAAGAAGACCUCGUAAUGGAUCGUGUGAAUAUGACCUUGCCAAUUGUGCCAAGGCCUGCUACGCAUGGUCCAAGCCAAGCGUUUUCUGCUGUGGCAAAUACGGGGGAAGGCAGCAGGAUAGGAACUAAAGAUGGUUUGCUAGGAGUUAACCCAAAACCCAUCUACAGGUCCUUCUGUUUCGCGUUUCCCUGAAUCUAGGCAUUGUGAUGUACAGUUAUUGAUUUUACUUUUUCACCGAACCAACGCUGGGAAUGAACCGUUUUUAUUUUAAUCUGUAAAGACACUAACGAGAAAAUACAGCGAGAAAACAUAAGAGCAAAA